AUGAAUCUCGUAAGUUGGAAUGCGAGGGGCUUAGGGAACCCCUCAGCAUUCAGAUUUUUACGCUUGCUUAUCUCUGAGCAAGCUCCCUGUGUGCUUUUUCUUAUGGAAACAAAAUUGCAAGCUGGUAGUAUUAAUAAGUUUCGUAAUAGUUUACAUUUUCCCAAUGGCAUUGAGGUUCCUCGUACGGGACUUGGAGGUGGUCUUAUGCUAAUUUUGAAAUCAAAGGCCGAUGUGGUCAUUAAUAAUUUUUCUCCUAAUCACAUUGACUGUUUCAUUGAAUACCAAGAUCUGUCUUCCUUUCAUUUUACUGGGUUUUAUGGUCAUCCCAACAGUAGUCAACGAGUUCUCACUUGGACACUCCUUAGAAGAUGUUAUGACAUUGCUCCUACUCAUCCAUGGCUGGUUUUGGGUGACUUUAAUGAGAUCCUAACUCAUGAAGAUAAAGUUGGUGGUCCUCCCCGUAAUAAUGGUCAAAUUCAAGCCUUCCAAACAACUAUUGACUACUGUCAUUUAGCAGCAGCUGCUUAUGAAGGUGAACUCAUUACUUGGACUAACAAAAGUCAAGGACUUGGUAACGUUAAGGAGAGGCUUGAUUAUGGUUUCUUCAAUGAUUUUUGGUCUGAAUCUUCUGAGAAACCAAUUAUUCAGCAUCUUAACUUCUACCAUUCAAAUCACAGAGCACUUAAAUUAAUGGUUUCAAUGGCUGGGGUGCAACAAAUUGAACCUUCAUACAAAUCUCAGUUCCGUUUUGAAAAAAUUUGGCUCAAUAAUCAAGAUUGUUUGGACAUCAUUUUCAAGAAUUGGGUCAGCAAUACUUUGAAUGCUAUAUCUCAAACAAUGAGUAAUUUACAAUCAUGUGCUACUCAUUUACAAUCUUGGCACCAUCACAAGUAUGGAAAUAUGAAGCAGGACAUUAAAGAGGCUCAUAAACAUGUGGAAGGGCUUUAG